UGUUGAAACAAGUGCACUUCCUCGAGACAUUAAAGUUCGAUGAAGUUAUAUAAACGCGACUUGUACUUUGGAAAGAUAGUAUCGCGGGAACCACUUCGAGAAACGAUACGUCUACACAAGGAAAAUGACAAGAUUCACGAUUGUACUUGCUAUUCUUCUAGUGGCUCUUGCCGAUAUUCAGUCUAAUGUAGCAAAAGCGUACUCUGAUGAAGAAGAAAAUCCUUUAAAAGAACCUCUAUUGAUGAGGAUUUUAAAUGCAAAAAAUCGUGCAUAUGAACAAGUGCAGAAGGUUAAGUUGUUAGCAUCCACUCACCACGAAAAUUUUAUUGAACGCGUGAAUGAAAUGGUGGAAAAGGCUUGGCUCGAUAUGGAAAUCAUGAAAAAAAAGUCCGGUAAUACGAAUCCUGAUUGUGAUAAGAAGGUGAAAGAUGACAUAAAUGACAAUGCUUUAAAAACUAUUAGCACUUAUCAAUCCUGCCUGAGCAAAGUGACCGACAGUGCUGACUGGGACAUGCAAUCCAUGUCCUUCGAGGCAAGCAUUCUGAUAAAGGACAUCCAUGCCGCUAAAAUUGUUGACGAAGAACUGUAUCGCAGAACUGACGAAUUCGAGGCGAAAUGGAGUCAAUUCGGUCAAUACAUGAAGAAACUGAAUACAUGCAAUAGCAUGUCGAACUUACCACGACUUAAGCGACAAAUCUCCGAAGCUCAUACCAGUUACAUGCAAUGCCUUAAUUAAUCUUCAAUUACGAUAUUAUCAGGAUAAUGACUCUUUUGAUUAACAAAAAAUUCCCGCUUACAUUAAGAGAUGAUUAUCGAUUUUUGAUUUUAUAAUAAAUACAUUAUUUUAUUGCCCAUA